CCCGAGCCACCAGAGGCGUAGCUAGCGGGAACUGGACAAAUUCCUCCGUCGUCUGGUAGCUUCUCGCGGCUCCGCUCCUGUGUGGCCCCCGGCGGAACCGGCGCGAUGGAGAGUUGGGUCCGCCCGGUGGUAGAGGCCAUCCACUCCUCUCGCGCCCAGGCCGUCAUCUACCUCGCCGGCGGCGCCUCCCAGGCGCUCGGCUGGCUCCUGUCCGUGCCCGGCGCGUCAGGAACCGUCCUCGAGGUCGUCGUGCCCUACUCCAGGGCCUCCAUGGCUCAGCUGCUCGGCAAGAUGCCCUUGCAGUUCACCAGCAAGCAGGCCGCAGAGGACAUGGCACUGGCCGCGUACAACCGCGCCCUCAAGCUUUCUGGACCAGGUCUACAAGUAAUGGGUGUUGGCUUUACUGGAUCACUGGCUAGCUCACGUCCAAAACAUGGUGAGCAUAGGUUCUAUGUGUCAGCACGAACACAAAAUUGCCUCAGAACAUCGCAUGUUACAUUGUCAAAGGGUUUACGGAGCAGAGAGGAAGAAGAUAAGGUUUCAAGCUACUUUCUGCUCAAGGCAAUUGCAGACGCCUGCAGAGUUCCUGCAACCAUUCAGUCAGAUCUUCAGGAACCUGAAUUUCCAAAAGAAAGCACGGAACAAUUUGAUGAAGACCAAGAGCUCCAACAAGUUAUUGAUGGACAAGUCUGCAUGAAAGUGUACCACUUUUCUGAUUCAAUGGAAAAGAACUUCAGUAGGAAAAUAAUCCUACCUGGUUCAUUCAAUCCCUUGCAUGAUGGACAUCUAAGACUGUUAGAAGUUGCAUCAAGCAUGUGUGAUGAUGGUCUUCCGUGCUUUGAGAUAUCAGCAAUAAAUGCCGACAAACCUCCACUAUCUAUCGCAGAAAUCAAGCGUCGGGUUGAUCAAUUUAGAAAAGUAGGGAAGAAUGUGAUAAUAUCUAACCAACCAUACUUUUACAAGAAAGCAGAGCUAUUUCCAGGCAGUGCUUUUGUAAUUGGUGCAGACACUGCAGCUAGGCUUGUUAAUCCUAAGUAUUAUGGAGGUGAUUACAAUAGAAUGCUGGAGAUUCUUCUCGAAUGUAAAAGCACAGGUACAACAUUUCUUGUUGGUGGUCGAAAUAUUGAAGGAGUUUUCAAGGUUCUUGAAGAUUUGGACAUUCCAGGAGAGUUGAGGGACAUGUUUAUCUCGAUACCAGAGGAGAAAUUUCGCAUGGAUAUUUCAUCUACUGAUAUAAGAAAAAGACAAGGGCCUUGAUGUAUCAAACACGUGGUUCUUCUUCUGUAGACGAUUGGAUAUAAAUAUUGGAGGUUCAAAUUAUUAAGUGAAACUUUGCAAACCAUCAUGGCAGUGUUUGAUGCCAUAGGUUUUGGUCAUGCAAAUAACAAAAUUUUUUAUCUUAGUAAAAAUACAGUGGUUGGAGAUGUAAAAUACCUAAUUCCUUGUUUAAAUACAGUGGUUGGAGAUGUAAAAUACCUAAUUCCUUGUUUAUCUUCCUCUUUUUUGGGACAAUUAGGCAAUUAGUACCAGCUGUCCUUUAUACUGUUAUGUCUUUGGGUGCUUUUCGUGUGUACGGUGUACCUGUACAGAUGCCACAUUGUCACAUUAUUAGUUGAAAAAAGGGCGGGCAACGUUGAA